AUGGCGAGAUUUGUGGACUUCAUUUUGCUUCUUCAUUUGGUUACUUCAGUUAAUUUUUUGGCUUCUGAAGCACGUCCUCUCAAUAUCUUGAAGAUUUACGACCUUGACUUUGGCAAUGUGGCAACUUUUGAUUGGUUAACUUUAGGUUCUAUUAAGGAUGGGCCUAGUCCUGGUGUUGGCCAUAAGUUGACAAACAGAGUACAAACACUUGAAGGAAUUAAGGAGUCAGGUCCAAGCCCUGGAGCAGGACACUAA